AUGAGCAAGACUAAUGAUAUCGGUCUUAUUUUCAGUUACGUUUAUGAUAAGAUAAGUAAAAUACAUUUACACAAUAUCACAUAAACUUUAUCAUCAAUUAAGAUACAACUUGAAUUGAUCCUAGGAUAGAUGGAUGAUGUGACUUAAAAUCUUACCUAUUCAAAUUUAGAGUAUUUAUUUGAAUGGGCAAAAGCUUGUUAACAAUCGUUGAAGAUUAAUUUAUUCUAAAAUUAAGAGGAGGCUGGGUUGAUGAAUGAAAUCAACUAAAUUUUGCUUGAAAUAUUUUAAUGCUUUCACAAUGCCAUUGAUAAAAACUAUAUGAUACCAUUAUCAACAAUAUGUAUUACUAAUGAGUUUGGAAAUAUCAUUACAUAAGAAGACAAUUUUAUUGAAAUUAUGGGAAAUUCUACUUUACUCAAUUUUACACAUUUUAUAGAUGUCUAUGCCACUCCAAACUUCUAAUUAGGUCCAGAUAACAUUGAUAAUAUUUAAACAACAUUUUAUAAAUUGAAUUAUGGAGCUUUGGAAAAGGUUUUCACAUAAGAAAAUACUUUAUCUUAAAUACUCAAAAAUGUAGCUUAAUAAAGGGAAUACUUUUUUUAAAGAUAUCAACUCAAUGUCACUAUAGGAAAUUUUGAAUUUACAAAAUAUGAUGAAUAGAAUUAGUUAUUCUUUUACCAUCCUCUCUAUGCAUUGAACGAAGAAAAGAUAAAAAAGUUAUUAAUAGUCUAAUUUGUAACUUUAAAUUAUUUACCAUCAAUUUAGUUAGAUGAAUAUAUUCAAUCUGCUAAAUUUGCUGAUAAUAUCAAAAAAUUCUACUAGAAAUUAACAAAAACACUAUAGGAUGAAUGA